AUCCAAACUAACAACAUCAAUCUGCUCCAAAUGUCAAACAAGGAUAUGCGCGACGAGGCGUGGCAAACCUUCACUCAUAAUCGCCUAAGGCUCUACGAGGGUGUUGAAAAUAUUCGAAAUCCGCAUGUUCUUCGGGAAGCAUGUUCUGGCCUUGAGUUGGAAGCACAGAAAGCACUCCGGUUUCUGGCAGCCAUCCGAUCUCGACAGAAUGCUCUUCUUCCAAUUUCUUGUGUUCCGCCCGAGAUACUUAGAAAGAUAUUCACGCUGGUAGCCAUGGACGAGGAUCAAUAUUUGCAAAAUCGUGAGGACUACUAUGAACUUGAAAAUCCGCCAGAUUCAGAUGUUCUACAGUCACACAGUCUUGGCUGGGUCAAAGUCAGUCAUGUUUGCCAAAGAUGGAGGGAAGUCGCCGUCUCAACCGCAACACUUUGGGGAAGGAUUCCGUUUUCCCUCCCAGCGUGGGUUUCAGAAUCGCUCGUUCGCUCUCAAGGAGCUCCCUUGAUCAUUGCCUACGCCUUCCCCGACGAGAACUCCUCCGCCAGUGCUUCUAGCAUCCUUCGCAUUGAAUCCACGCUCGCAGAGCUCCAGCGCGUAAAGGAACUCUCCCUCAGUGGCCCAGCUUCGAAGACAACCCUCAAGUCCCUAGGUUCUAUCCUCACAUCGAAGGGUGCUCCCUUGCUAGAAGAGUUCAGACUCUCAUUGUCCAACUCACACACAGCUACCGAACCUUUCACUCUCCCGUCCAAAAUAUUCUUGUCGGAAUCGCCUCGCCUGCGACACGUAUCGAUAUCUGGACCGGUGGUCAUUCCUUGGAACUCACACAUCUUCACCGGCCUCACUUUCAUAGAAAUUCGCAAUCCUUCAGGAAAAGCACCGUCCAUGGAAAAGAUAUCGACCAUCCUCGGUCGCAACCGCCAGCUCGUUGAAUUAGCGGUGACCGGCUCUGCUCUUCCCUCGUCCAGUCCGACGUCGAGAUCUUCGCAUGCCCCGGUCCCCUUAGACAACCUCGAGCGCCUCUGUCUCGAAGGGAGCAUAUCGUCGUGUUCUCGGCUCACAUCUCUUAUUACCGUUCCCGCUUCUACGCGCGUGUCCAUAACGAUCUGGAACAAGCAGAACCAGUCUCUAUCCGCGGAAGACGGCUUGAGUAGUUUCUCGUCUCUUUCCCGUCCAGAGGCUCGAACAGCUAGCUUGGAGAUUACGUCGUGCCGAUCGCUCACCUUGUCCGCUUGGGAGACCGUGGAAAAUCCGAGAUGGUGCAACGAUUAUUACAGGCGCCAGAGUCGAGCAUUGUCGUUCGACAUGCAUACAUUCCACGAGCAUGAAUUGUGCCGACUCUCCUUCCUGCUCAGUUUCAAACACCUGGUUGGUCUCGAGGCAUUACAUGCUCUUCGUUUGGAACUUACGUGCACUUCGGCUGUCCUCGACGCUCAUCAUUGGCGCCAACUCCUCGCGCCGUGCCGAGAGUUGAGGGCAUUGCACAUCUCUGGAGAAGCGUCGACUACGUUCAUGGAGGCCUUGUCUCUCAAAGACAGUCAUGAGUCCGGGUCUGAACCAGGCAAUGCUUCAUUCCUACCGAAGAUCAAGAGCUUGUUCGUGCGCAAUACGGAGCUCUCCGACAAAGAUCUCGUGGACUUGACAAGAUGGGCGCACGAGCGUAAGGCCCUCGGUACUCCUCUUGAGGAACUUGAUAUACGUGAUUAUUGCGACAUCAGUGACACGACGUCAUCCACGCGCCUGGCCUUGCAGGAAGAAGUUGACAGCUUUGACUACGAUUAUCGGUUGAAACGUGAAGAUGAGGAGAAGGCGCGAAGGGAGAAGGCGCGAAGGGGACGAUCGGACAGGGGAGUGUUAUAGCGAAGGAUAGUAUCUUCGGCGGUGGAAGUUUGAGUUUGCGUCUUCUGUGAUGCUCAGGACAUGAAGCCUAGGAGGGCUUUUGGGUGUAAGGUGGCG